CAUCAACAGCCUGCAGGUUUCAGAGCAUGAUGGUGGAGAAAAAGGCGGUUUUGUUCAACUUCUGGGGUGUUGUUGUUCCGUCAAGACCCGGUGAUGUUUUCCACAAGCUGGAGGAGCUGCACGAACUGCCAGGAGGUUUUCUGUCCAGUGUGGCGUCCCAAAAUAAAGGUGCUUUGAUGCAGGCAGAAAAAGGCAAAAUGACUCUUAAUCAGAUGAUCCCAGCUUUCCAAGCUGAGUGUGCAAAAGAAGCUAAGGCCAGAGGAGUGACGUUGCCGGCUGAUUGGUGCAUCAACUCUCUGCUGGAGGAGGUCAGAAAGGCGAUGAUGGACAUUCAAGAGAUUGUGCUAAAGACGUCUGCAAGUCUGCAGUGCAACGGGAUACUGACCGCGGUUCUGGCCAAUCACUGGCUGGACGACAGCACCUCUCGAGAUGACCCGGCUCGUCUUCUCUGUCUAUUAGGCAGCAAUUUUAACCUUGUCCUGCAGUCCUGCCAUUCAGGUCACAGGGUCCCAGAACUGGCCAUGUUCAACUCUGCUUUGGAUCAGCUGGGGAUCUCAUCAAAGCAGGCUCUGUGGCUUGAUGUGGAGGAGGAGGGUGUGAAGGUGGCAGAGAGAGCAGGGAUGAAGGCCAUCCUGGUGGAAAACCUGGAGGCUGCUCUGCAGAAACUGACUGACUUUACUGGAGUUCAGACUGUUGGAGCAGAGAGUCCUCCAACAAUCUGCAGCCCUGACCAAGUGUCUCAUGGAUGCAUCACCAUCAAACCUGGUGUUCGGACCCACUAUGUGGAGAUGGGCUCCGGUCCAGCGGUUCUGCUGUGCCAUGGCUUCCCUGAGAGCUGGUACUCCUGGAGGUACCAGAUUCCAGCUUUGGCUGCAGCAGGGUUCAGAGUCCUGGCUCUGGACAUGAAGGGAUACGGCGGGUCCACGGCGCCCCCUGACAUAGAGGAAUACUCUCAAGAGCAGCUUUGCAAGGAUCUAAUCACUUUCAUGGACAAAAUGUCCAUACCACAGGUCACCCUAGUGGGUCACGACUGGGGGGGAGCGCUGGUUUGGACAAUGGCCUGGUAUUUUCCAGAGAGAGUCAGGGCGGUGGCCUCCCUGAAUACUCCCCUGUUCCCAGCGGACCCUUCGGCUCCUGUUUCAGCAAAACUAAAGGCUCUGCCCAUAUUUGACUACCAGAUUUACUUCCAAAAGCCAGGAGUAGCCGAGGCUGAGCUGGAGAAGGAUCUGGAGAGAACAUUCAAGAUUUUCUUUUGCAGCAGCAGCGAAGCAGCGAGCCGUCCUGCUCUGAGCACUUCAGGAGUCUGUGCUCGAGGCGGACUGUUUGUGGGUCUGCCGGAGCAGGUUCCUCGGAGCUCCAUGCUGACUGAGGCCGACCUACACUACUACGUCAGCCAGUUCAAACACAGCGGCUUCAGGGGUCCACUGAACUGGUAUCGAAACAACCAGGCCAACUGGAAGUGGAUGUGUUCGCAGCCCACUGGGAAGAUUCUGAUGCCAGCGCUGAUGGUGACAGCAGGUAAAGACCCAGUCCUGCUGCCGGCACUCUCACACGGGAUGGAGGACUUGAUCCCCAACCUGAGCAGAGGACACAUCGAGGACUGUGGACACUGGACCCAGAUGGACAAACCGGCAGAGACAAACAACAUCCUGAUAUCAUGGCUUAAAGAGACACACGGGAAGGCUGGGGGGCUCCCAGUGGCCCCCAAACUGUGAUGAAAGAAGGAAGGAAAUACUGAAAAAAGAAAUUAAAACAAAAAGAAAAUAAAUUUAACAAAGAAAAACUAGAUUGAAAAGAAGAAAAUGGAUGGAAAACAGGAAAAAGGAAGAUAACAGGAAGCUGAGGGGAGGCGUAACACAAUGAAAGAAGGAAGGAUUGAAAGCAUCAUAGAUGAAUAAAGGCUUUGUUUCUAUAUCACAAAAAUAGAAACCUUCAAAAUAAAAGAUUCACCAAUCAGA